UAUAUUUGAUUUCCAACUUUCCCUCCCAUAAUCGAAAGAGGAAGUACGGAAUUUGUUUACGUUUUCUCGACGCAGAAACCAGCGUCGUUUCAGGUAAUGAACUGAAAGGGAAGUCUAUGGAAAACGGAUCCUUUAUCAGUAAUGCACCAAGGAAGGGGCUCAGUGACAUAACCAACUUGCAGCAUCAGCAUAAAGUGUUGACUCAAGAUGCAAAGCUGCUGCUGCAACCUGAUUCACUCUGGAGUAAAGAUUACAUCAACAAGCUCCAACAGGAAAAUAUGAUGCUGAUGAAAGUUCUUGCAGAACGAAAUAAAGUCAUUGAAUUGAGUGGAAUCGAGUUACAGAAACUGAGAAUCAAUUUGGAGAAGUUUCAGCAGCAAAACUUGCAACUUGCGCAAGCAAACAACCAGCUGUUAUUGGAGCUUAAUUCAGGGAAAGAUAGGUUAAAAGCCCUUAAACAUGAGCUGGGAUGUAAAAAUGCUAUGCUUAAAGCAAUAAAAUCAGAGAAGAAAGCUAACAUUGUUGCUUGCCCUACAUCUGGAAAUGAGGGUUUGAAGGAAGGAACAAACAAGCAUGGCGAGGCAGGUGAAUCCCUUAACAAAGAAGAUGGAGACUAUAAACCUUUUACUACGAACAGGAGGAGGCAAUCAAAGACUCUACUCCCUUCUAUUAUUAAACCAGUCGAAGCCAAGGAGGGGGUCGACAACAAAAGGGUUUGUUUAAGAAGGCAAUCUGCAAGGUUUAAAGCUGAAGAACCAGAAACGACUAAAGAUGUUUUCAAGGUAGCUGACAAAAAUUCUCUUAUUUCCUCUCCUUGUAAUGAUAAGGUGCAUCAGAUUGGGCCAAUUUCUUCUGAUUCAUCGGUCAGAAUAGAGCAUGAGGAAGGAUGUAUGGCCCCCAGAAAUGAAGCUCAAGAAUCUAGACGAGCAUCUACAGGAAGGCCUUUGCGCCGAGCAGCUGAGAAGGUUCAAUCCUACAAGGAAAUGAAACUUAAUGUGAAGAUGCGCAGAGAAUUGUGAGUUCAUUCUCUUUGCUCCUGACACUGCACUUUUAUACCAAGGUUGAGAUGCAUCUAAUUUCCAUAUACCACAAUGCUGUUUUUGCUGUAUAAUAUGUUCAUAUAAAACUGCACUUAACAUUUCAAUGCAUCAUCCAUGGAUGACAAUGGAAAUGCCUGAAAUUGACUUCUAGGUUGUUUAACUGGGUUGUACUUGAAUAAUCUGUAGGAGUUUUGAUAUACAUUUGGCAGGUUGAAUGUGUUAUCCAUUUUUCUUUUAAAUAAGCAUUUUGGGAUAGUAAGAUUAUAUUUAAA